UCGGACAAGGACGCCCGAGACCGCGGCUCCCAAAGCUCGGACUCCUCCAGCAGCCGUACGUUACGUUCUCAGCCAAACAGCUCUAGCCCCUUCCCCAAAUUACAAAGGUCAGGACUCUGUAGGACGGAGCCACAACAGUGUCCUCUUCGCACCGAUACGAACCGCCCCGAGACGCCAUCGAGGUGAUCAGCCCUGCCAACUCGCCUGUCCCGCCCCAGGAGAAGAUGCCGCCUUACCAACAGGAGCCCCCCAAAAUGAGCCAAGGGGAAAGAGACUGCAGCCGACAGUACGAGGGCCCGAUCCACUCUUAUCGGCCUCAGCAAGAUUCCCCAUCGCCUCAACAGCAGCCACCGCCACCGCAGCAGCAGGCCCCCCCACCGCCUCCGCCUGCCCCGCAGGGCGAAGGGAUGGGGCCCGUUCCUCGGACCCACCGCCUCAUCACCCUCGCCGAUCACAUCUGUCAAAUCAUCACCCAGGACUUUGCCCGCAGCCAAGCUUCCACGCAGGCCUCCCUCCAGACCCCCACCAGCACAUUCCAGACCUCAGCCCCCACCUCCAUCGCCACCGCCAGCCGGGCAAAGCCCACCAGCCGCUACAGUCCCGAGGUGCAGCCGCAGCCCACUCCCCACCAGCGCCCGGGUUCCCGCGUCUCUCCCGAAAACCUCUCCGACAAAAGUAGGGGAAGGCUUGGUAAAUCCCCCGAAAGAAGCCACGUCUCCUCCGAGUCUUACGAGCCGAUCUCUCCGCCUCAGGCCCCCGCCGGCCACGAGAAACAAGACAGCCUUUUGUUACUGUCCCAAAGAUCUGAGCCUUCAGAGCAGAGCAGGACGGAUUCCCGUUCCCCCGGAAGCAUGAGCUACCUGCCUUCCUUCUUCACCAAACUGGAGAGCACCUCGCCCAUGGUGAAGUCCAAGAAGCAGGAGAUCUUCCGGAAGCUGAACUCCUGCGGCGGCGGCGACUCGGACAUGACUGCUGCUCAGCCGGGGACAGAGAUAUUUAACUUGCCAGCAGUAACUACUUCAGGGCCGGUCAGUGCCCGAGGUCAUUCCUUCGCCGACCCGGCCAGCAACCUGGGACUGGAGGACAUCAUCCGCAAAGCCCUGAUGGGCAACUUUGAUGACAAAGGGGAAGACCACAGCCUCCUCAUGGCCCAGCCGAUGGGUCUCGUACCAGGCGGAUCCAACGCGGCGCUACCGGCAAACAGCGAAACCCGCAGGGAAGAGACAAACCCAUCCCCAAAUCCGGGCGGGGGAGUCGGCAAGCAGAAGCUGCUGGGCAAAUCCGGCAGCCGGAAGUCCAAGUCGCCCAUUCCAGGGCAAGGCUACUUGGGGACGGAGCGUCCGUCAUCGGUCUCCUCGGUGCACUCGGAAGGCGACUACCACAGGCAGACCCCGGUGUGGUCAUGGGAGGACAGGCCCUCCUCCACAGGUCAGCCGAGCCAGGCAGCCAACGGGGAGAGCAACUUGAAAGCAGGAUCCACCCAGUUCCCCUACAACCCCCUGACGAUGCGCAUGCUGAGCAGCACCCCUCCGACCUCCAUCACCUGCGCCCCGUCGUCGGUCGGCCAGGCGUCCGCUCACCAGCCCAACCGGAUAUGGGAUCGGGAACCCGCCCCGCUCCUCUCGGCCCAAUACGAGACCCUUUCGGACAGCGACGACUGAAGCCGGGGGACGAGGGGGUGAGGAAAGACCCUUUUUUUGUAACAAGAAAUAUAUAUAUAUAUGGAAAAGAUACUCAUUCGUGGGGCUUGGAAACCCACCCGAUUGGUCUUUUUAAAACACAACAAAGCGCAGUGUCCCCCGAAGACCUCUUCAAAGACAGACAAAAGGGGGGCGGCUGCACUAGAUGAAGACGUUUUUUGGAACUUGGAGCGCCGUGAAAAUAUGUAAAGAGGUGUUUUGUUUUCGUUUUUUAAAAAAAGAGGACGUAUUACUGAGCGACAUCUUUAUUUGUAAAGAGAAAGCCGCGCGUCUGACGUCUCUAAAGAAAACCAAGCGAGAGAAAGAAAGAGCGACCGUUCUUCUGUAAAUAGAGCAUCUUCCCUUCCCUGCCGCAGUGUUCACUUCAGGUCCACUCAACCUCCUCCUUGUUAGAAGAUCUGGUGUACUUAUGUUGAAAUCAUUGCAUAAAACCUUUUGUUCGGGGUCGUUUUAUAAUUAUUAUUAUUUUUUAAAGAGCGUUUUUCUCGAGCGUAGAAGGUUAGCCGUCUCUUUUCCCCCCCAAGGUGUCGCCCAGCUUCAGCGCGUUGGGCGCAUCUCCCACUGGCGCCGGGGCGAUGCUCCCAGCCGGUCCGCACAUAACAGCAACCUCACCCAUGGCUACUUUUCACGGGCGGCGCACCUCUCCCCGUCUUUUCUUUUCUGUGGUUAUCAAAGACCUUGUGGAGUACCGUUUUUAAUUUUGUGUUUUUUGAGGCCCUUCUCGGUGGCUGUACGUUUUUAAAACUCGCGCGGAUUGCGCCUCCGCCGCAGUGUACAUUCCCCCUCUCCGCCGUUCCGAGUUUUGUUUAGCCACACUGUGAAACGUUUGGCACGGGACGCAACGGCGGCCUCUUUCCCUGAGAGAGAGAGAGAGAGAGCCAAGCCCCACGGAGCGAACGCGUCUCCUCCGUCGGCGCCGAAUAAUUCUCGCUCUGAGAUGGCAAAACCCAGUUUGUCAGGUGCUUGUGUAUAUCUAAAUUGUGUUGUUUUUUUCCCCAGAACUAAACAAGGCUGGAGUCAGUUCUUAAUAUGAUUUUUUUAUUUUUGAAUGUUAAUGCCACUGGAUUUUCUGCUUCUGGUUUUCCGAUUCUUGUAUGGAGAUGUUUCUAGUUCCCGUCUUUGUUUUGCUGUCCGAGACAAAAAAAUACAUAUAUACCACAGUACAUCCACUAGUACCUAAA